AUGGUCCACCUACUGGCCUCCGAAGUGCGGCAGCUGCUCCACAACAAGUUCGUGGUGGUCCUGGGGGACUCGGUCCAGAGGGCUGUGUACAAGGAUCUGGUGCUCCUGCUGCAGAAAGACUGCCUGCUCACACCCAGCCAGCUCAAGGCCAAGGGGGAGCACACUUUCGAGCAGGAUAAGCUGGUGUGUGGGGGCCAGCUGGGCCGCAUGCACAACGGCACCCACUACCGCGAGGUGCGCCAGUUCUGCUCCGGCCAGCACCUGGUGCGCUUCUAUUUCCUGACGCGCGUGUACAACGACUACCUGGAGGACGUCCUGGAGGAGCUGCAGGCCGGUGAGUAUCACCCGGACCUGGUCAUCAUGAACUCGUGCCUCUGGGACAUCACCAGGUACGAGAAGGACUUCUGGCCUAGUUACCGGCGGAACCUGGAGAGACUGUUUGGGCACCUCCGCCAGGUGCUGUCCGAGUCGUGCCUCCUGGUGUGGAACACGGCCAUGCCCGUGGGCGACAGAAUCACCAACCGCUUCGUCCCGCCCGAGAUCCGGUUAGCAUCCGCCUCCGUGAAAAGCCGGGUGAUCGAAGCCAACUUCUACAGCUCUGCCGAGGCCCAAAAGCACGGCUUCGAUGUGCUGGACUUGCACUUCCACUUCCGCCGCCACACAGGGAAGUUCCUGCAGACGGACGGAGUGCACUGGAACGAGCGCGCACACCGCCACCUCUCCCAGCUCCUGCUGGCCCACGUGGCCGACGCCUGGGGGGUAGAGCUGCCCCAGCGAGACCCAGUGGGCAAGUGGAUCACGGAUGGCCCUGGGAGAGGAAGACCUGGCCGGAGGCUUGAGAGGCAGCCCCUGGUCUACGGAGAUCAGCCGGCCUGCCCUCCGCCCAGAUCUUUGCCUCUCCCGGGGCGCCAACCCCUGCUCCCCACGCCAUCUCCCCGCCCACCCCUGUUUCCACUCCUGUCCUCACAACCUCAUCCCAUCCCCUUUCACCCGGUGAUGCCCCCAUUCCCAUUCUGCCCCCAGGAUACCGGUUUUUCUUCAGACCAUACUUUCCAAUCGGAUCAAUUCGCCUUUAACUAUUUAUAUUCAGAUGUCCCCCCAUCUAGCCAAACAGAAUUUGCUGCCCAAGGUGACUUUCGGUAUGGUCCCCAGCCGCCUAUGCCCCGCUUCCUUCCACCCUGUUAUGAGCAACGGGUCCCUGCGGUCCAUAGGGGUUUUCCCAGGUAUCAUCCCCCUGACCCUUACAUGCCCUGGAGAAGGCGGCCUAAAACUUCCAAGAGAAGGGCCUCGGCCUAUAAAGAGCCAAGACGUCAAUAG